AUGUCCGAAAAGAAGAGCUUUGGAUCCAGACUAUCGUCCAUCUUCAACCAGAGUAAUGCCUCUUCGAAUGAGAAGAAAUCACUUCAUUCCUCCAACUCGCCGUCUCCUGCACCUUCCUCGAGCCAGCAGCCUUGCAGGUAUAUCCCCAAAUCGCCAUCUCCAGCUGCUCAGGCUGGUCCAGCCUAUUUGAGUGGUAAACCACAGCUGCUGGCUGGCAACAACAGCAACAACAACCGCAGUGUCCUGUCACUAAGUAUAGGAACCCACCCUGGUUCCUACAGCGAGCGAUCGCUCCAUUCCAAAUCUUCAGCAAGCACACUACAGUGCAUCAGCGAGAGUCAGUCCUACGGCCUGUCAAACUACUCAACAGCUACUACAAAGCCAGCAAUCCACGUGAGCGGACCAGAGCAAGGAUCAGGCCAAAACUUGAGAGUUCAAGCUCAACCAUAUGCCCGCUCGAGAUCUUCAUCGACCCAGCUAUCCAGCAAAUCGCCCGUUCCUGGGCCUAGUCUGGGACAUGGACAUGGACAUGGACUUGGACAUGGACUUGGACUUGGCCUUGGACUUGGACCUAGUCCAGAUCUACCUACUUCCCCGCCUCCGUCACAAUUCCGUCCAUCACCAAGCGACGACAAUAUCAACAGGUUGGCCGGACUCGACUCGCCGCCGUGUUCCGCCAGCGAAAGUGGGCAGAGUAUAACUUCACCGCGACUUCGUCGAAAACUGCCAAGCGACUGGGACUCUUUUGAUUUCGAAGACGAAAACAACAAAAAUAUUAACAACCCUCCACGCUCUCCCAGCUCCAGGCAGAGCGAUAGUGCAGCGACUUCGGAAUACUCGAAAUUGAGAAGUGAGAGCCUAGAGCCGCGUGGAGGCGAAGAUAUCAUGGCAGAUUUGGGAAACGAGAUUGACAAUUUUUUACAACUCGAGGACUCUCAAACUGAUGAAAGCUCGGGCUAUGGCCGUGGACGUGAAAGCGAAAGCAUUGACCGUGCAGAAGCUGACAUUUUUCAAGACACGCCUUCUCCGAAUCGCAACAUGGGGCAUGAGGUUGGCCUCAAUAGACUGAGCAGCGUGAGAUCGUACGGGUACGGGUACGGAGACGUGGGUGAAGAGCGCCCGCUUAGCUACCACCGAUAUCCAACAGAAGCUCCCUACCCUACCAUGUCCCCAAUUGACUCUCCCUUUGAGUCCAAAGCCGUGACGCCAACGGAAUCAGUUGAAAAUUCACCAAAUAUCCUCCAAAGCUAUUUGAUGGAGAGCCCCGAGUCCGAACGAGAUCCAAAUUCAAAUGCAAAUUUGAACCCAUUUGAACGAAACUUUGCCUCCCCCUCGGCUAAUCCAUUCGACUCGGCGUCUUCGAGAUCUUCACAGGCAUCCGCGAGCUCGCCGACCCAGAUCCAACGAUUCGACUAUUCAACUAACCCCUCGACGAGCUCGUCGGCAACUGCACCAUUGCCGCAGUCCUCGCGCUCGCCAUUCUCUAGGACGUCGUCUCGAAUGCACCAUAGCAACUCCAUGCAUUCCCAUUUGUCCAACGCGGGGCUUCCAUCACAGUCGCACCAGCCGAUGAUGCCACCGCCACUACAGCACCAGUCGACUGAAACGUCUCAAUAUUCGUAUGCAAAUGCUAGUAUAAACAGCUUUGGACGUCAAGGGUCUCAACGCCGAUUCCACCGAGUCUCAAGUUCAGUUGGCUCCAUUCGCAGUUCAAAUUCGUACAGACACGUGAAUUUGGCUGCCUUGAAAAAGACAAUCAGCUUGAAACCAGGCGAAGGUGAACGGUCCUACUAUGUGUUGACAAUUCGAAGAAACGCAGGCACGGCAUUCAACGAAAACGGACCUUCGCGCUGGAAAUUGCCCGUGGGGAUUUCGCCCAUCGACAAGGCUGCUACCAAGGAAAACUCCAAUGGCAAGUACAAGAAGCUCGCGGGAAGCACAACCAGCUCUCGCAUGAAGACAAGCGGGGUUGAGUUGAAACACGGACACUUGAAGCCCAGAUUGCUCGCGACGGAAAUCGAAGAAGGCGAUAACUCGCCAUCAAUCAACAUGAACCGAACACCAGUAUCAAACUCCUCGGCCAAUAUCUUGCGAAACGUGAAUUCGCAAACUUCACUGAGCACGAGGGCCUCAAGGGAAAACUCGCUCAAGAGAACAACCACAGAUGCCUCGAUGCUAACCGGCGACACCCAGAGCAUCGUCAGCAUCAACACCGGCAGCACCAAGGCCAACACAAACGAACCAAGCCUCAAGAGAACAGACUCGACAGACUCUAGUGGCUCAGACCAAAGUGUCUCCCACAAGAUCACGGGAUACUACCAACACCGCGGCUACAAAUACGGGGACGAGGAUGACGAAAUGACGGAAAGAAUGAUAGAUCACGAAGAUAGCAUCCACAACGCCAGUCAAGUUUUCAGCUUUCAUGGACUAAAUGGAAGUGGCAACAUGGACGAUACAGAGGAAGAUAAACCAAGGCUAGUCUUGGCCAACCCCGACACAGAUAGUGAUACUGCCUAA